AAUUUGUCGAGAAAAAGCGAAGGUCACCGAGUCUCUUGUGACAUACUGGCUUAGGGUUCUUGCAGCCGCCAUUUACGUUUUAUUUUUAGUUCCUUUACAGUUAAAACUAUACAAUGCAUUGGGGAAUAUGUGGUACUGGAUGUAUAGCAGAAGAUUUUUGCAAAGCUCUGAGCUGUAUGGAUCAGUCUCUACAUGAAAUCGUUGCUGUUGCUGGUGAUGACAGCAAUGAUGCCAGUGACUUCGGCACGAAGUUUAAUAUACCAAAUACUUACGGAUGCUGUGAAGAAUUUGUCAGAAAUAAGAAUAUAGAUGUAGUGUAUGUAUCCUCUCAAGUCGGUGACCGUUACGAACAUUGUUAUCUCCUGAUACAACAUAAGAAACAUGUUUUAUGCGAAGCUCCCUGCGCUUUGAGAGCAGAGGAAUGUUUUUCGCUGCUAGAUUUUGCAAGACGAAAUAAAGUGUUUUUCAUGGAGGGCAUGUGGAUGUGUUUCCUGCCGAUUUUUAGACACAUUAAAGAGGAAAUUGAUUAUGGUACCAUAGGGGAUGUAAAAUAUCUCGAUGCAGCUCUAUUUUUCGACGUUCUACAUAAGGAUAAGAAAUCCACCACAGGAAUAAGCGGAGGCAGUAUUUCCAAUAUAGGCGUGUAUCUUUUGUGGUUGGUACAUUUUAUAUUCCGAGAGAAUCCUGAACGCGUCAUCACUAUUGGAGAUUUUACAUGUAACGGUAUUGAUGAAGCAUGUAACGUUAUCCUUGUGUAUCAGAAUGGUAACAAAGCUUCUUUGUCAUGUCAUUCAAAAUUG